UUUGUAUUUCGAUCUUCUUCAGUUAGUUCACCAAACCAAGUCCAACCAAGAAUAGAUAAAUGUCGCGCUUACUCCGUUUCAGCCGUCAGGCUUUCGAUCUCAAAACCCUCCACCACCGCCGCGCCGGAGCUCAGCCGUUCCUCUCAUCCUUCUCCAAUUCCGCCACUGAAUCGGCCGGCGCUGCCUCCGAACCGAAGCCGCCUCCUUACAUUCCGCCUCUCAUUGGCAUCCAGCUCACCAAGCAUGCGGGCCGCGGCGCGUUUGCGCUACAGCGUAUCGCCUCCGGCGAGGUCCUCCAUUCCGCCAGACCUAUUCUCGCGCACCCGUCCCUUUCCAUGAUCAACUGCGUUUGCUAUUACUGUCUCAGGCGCCUCCCGAAACGGGGCGGCACUGCCGAAGCUCAUCACACGGUGUCGUUUUGCAGCGAACAGUGCGAACAAACUUCCAAGAAGUUUUACGAUGUUGAGAAGCAGAUAGACUGGUCGAGAUUUCAUGAAUACUGCCGACAGAAGGGUCUAAAAUAUCCUCUUAUUAUGAAGAGAUUUGCCUGUCAAGUUAUCGCUGGUAACAUUCCUACUGACAUUUUGGAAUUACUCCAAGGGGAGGAUUUGUCUGAUAGAGCUCAUCUGAUAAAAGAGGAAUUUGCCCUGCUGAGGAGUACUCUGGAAGAUGCAGAUAUAAAGGUAGAGAGGCAGAAGAAGAAGAACAUGGAUGAAGGGAAGGGCCCAAUUGUUGAUGGAGAGGCGGAGGAGCCGCUGUCAUUUCUGACUGAAGAAUGGUAUACUGAUGUUUUGGGACGAAUACGCAUCAAUGCCUUUCGUGUUGAACUGCCUGUACAGUCACAUGAAGAUCUCCUUUCUUCAGCAGCUGCAACUGUAGAAGGAGAAGCUGCUGUUGGAAAUGCCAUGUAUAUGCUUCCAUCCUUUUACAACCAUUCUUGUGAACCUAAUGUAAAUAUUGUAUGGAGCGACAGUGCAGAAGGAAAGAUGGUGGCUUUGCGUGACAUCGAAAAAGCGGAAGAGGUGCGGAUAUGCUACCUUGAUGCCAGCAUGGGUUAUGAGGCUCGGGCAAAAAUCCUGUACGGAGGAUAUGGUUUCGUAUGUGACUGCCCCAGAUGUGUUGCAAAGGAGUGAAGUCUACUGGAGAGAGUUGCAGGGAAAGGGAAACUUGCCAUAUUCGAGACGCGAUCUAUUAAUUGGUGAGCUUUUGUAGCUCUCUUGGUGGAAUAUAUGAAACAGCUAGGCAAGUUUUUUUCUCUCAAUAAUGAGUUUAGCGGCCAAAUAUUGCGAAAAAAAGUUUAGAAACCAUAUGUUGUGAUUCUUCAUUUUGAUUUAUUAGAUAAUCAAUUCACGAGCUUAGUAGAUUGUUGUGGAAUUAUAUAUGUUUGUAUCAAAUCAUGCUUAUAUAGGAUCAUAUUUUUUUCCUUAUGUAUAUAUGGAGUUAUACUCUCUGUACAAUGGAGUAUGUCACAAUUCCAAAUAACAUUUCCUUAUCCAAA